AUAAUAUCUGAUCAGCAUCGAGUGUCUCACCAGAGCUUCACCACAUAAACUCUGAAAGACAUCUCAUUUAGAUCUUCCUCCUCUCCUCCCAAAAUGUUCAGAUGUAUGCUUGUUCGAUCCUCUUCCUCGGCGAAGCAGUCGCUUAUGCGCCGUAACUUGUCUUCCGGAUCAGUCCCGGAGCGUAAAGUCGCCAUCUUGGGAGCGGCCGGUGGAAUCGGUCAGCCUCUUGCUCUUCUCAUGAAACUCAACCCGCUCGUCUCGAGUCUCUCACUCUACGAUAUCGCAAACACGCCUGGAGUUGCCGCUGAUGUUGGCCACAUCAACACCAGAUCCGAGGUAGUUGGAUACAUGGGAGAUGAUAACUUGGCGAAAGCUCUUGAAGGAGCUGACCUUGUUAUCAUUCCAGCUGGUGUUCCCAGGAAGCCUGGUAUGACCCGUGAUGAUCUUUUCAACAUCAAUGCUGGCAUUGUCAAGAACCUUUGCUCUGCCAUCGCCAAGUUCUGCCCUCAUGCACUUGUUAAUAUGAUCAGCAACCCAGUGAACUCGACUGUUCCAAUUGCAGCAGAGAUCUUCAAGAAGGCUGGUAUGUACGAUGAGAAGAAGCUGUUUGGUGUUACCACUCUUGACGUUGUUAGGGCCAAGACUUUCUAUGCUGGAAAAGCUAAUGUCCCUGUUGCAGAAGUGAACGUUCCUGUGAUUGGUGGUCAUGCUGGGGUUACUAUUCUUCCACUCUUCUCCCAGGCCACUCCUCAAGCCAACUUGUCAGGUGACGUACUCACAGCCCUCACCAAGCGUACUCAAGAUGGAGGUACAGAAGUUGUGGAGGCUAAAGCAGGAAAAGGUUCAGCUACAUUGUCUAUGGCCUAUGCUGGAGCACUCUUUGCUGAUGCAUGCUUGAAGGGACUCAACGGAGUUCCUGAUGUUGUAGAAUGCUCAUACGUGCAAUCCACAAUCACUGAGCUUCCUUUCUUUGCCUCAAAGGUGAGGUUGGGGAAGAACGGUGUGGAGGAGGUUCUUGAUUUGGGGCCACUCUCAGACUUUGAGAAGGAAGGGUUGGAAGCACUGAAGCCAGAACUCAAGUCUUCUAUCGAGAAGGGAGUUAAGUUUGCCAACCAAUGAGUAAACCGAUUUGACUCGGUUUAUUCUCCAAUUUUCCGGUUGUAAUUGCCUUUUGUCCCUUCAUUGGGCUGCAUCAAUAAAUCCAUGUGUUAAGGCUGUUUGGUUCAUUACCAAAGUAACAUGUCAGUUUAUGUUAGGCUUCUUUCUACUUCCAUUUUGGAAGAACGAUACCUUUCUUCAUAAACAGAUCACAAUUGUGUUUGAUUAUUCUUAAUGCUGCAUCUGUGUUACCUUCU